UUUCAGUGUUGAUUAUGAAUGGUGAUGAAUUCCUUUGUGUUAAUAAUACAACAAAAAUUAGUCGUGAGGAGUUAAUGGCAUAUGUACGAGAAGAAUUAAUUUGCACUAUUGGCAGUGCGGAUAGUCCAGUUACUAUUCCAGUUUUAAUUACAACAUUCAGAGAAGAUACGUGUAACGACAUUGGUGUUCUUGCUGAAAAGCUUGGAUAUCCAUCAAUUCCUGCUAUGCUGGGUUCAGACGACUUUCGUGACAUUAUAGAACCUUGUUAUACUGAUAUGGCGAAGGGUGCUGGCAAUGUAAAUCCUGAGAAGGUUUUUUGUUACAAGAUCAAAUCUCGGCCAGACAUUGCCCAUAUUUUAAGCUCAAUAGAAGAUGCUAAUCGUUUUCGAAGUGCAAAAGAGACAGAGAAAUUUAGAAGAUUACAGGUUCUAAUUCGAGACCCAAAAUCUUGUCCGAAAAUUCUUAUGGGAAAAGAAAAUUUAUUGAAAUGUCUACACAGUUUGGGUGCAGAAGAAAGAGAAGUAGAAUUACAAGAACUUCAAAAUGAGUAUAAACAUAAUUAUGGAGUUGAAAUGAAUAAAUCGGAAUUAAAACGCUUUUUUCCAACUGGCAAGCUUAAAACAAUUAUCGACACUUAUUUAUACAAUGAUAUUGAAAUUUUCACCGAUAAUAACCGAACAGGAUCUCUUCUUUUUAAAAUGAAACGAACAAUGGAUGAGGUUAAUGCUGAAUGUGAGAAAAUCCUUAAAGAACGAUUGGAGGCUAUUAAAAUGGAAGAAGAGGCUGAAAAAUUAAAAUUGAAGAACAAAUCUAAGACGAAAAAGCCCAAAAAUAUACAGCCAGUACAACCAAGGAAAUUACGCGUGAUUAAGCCGCCGCCUGAACCAAAAAUUAAGCCAAAACCUGUUGUGAAGCCUCUAGUAACCCGUUCCAGCAUUUUCUACACAGACGAUGCUUUGUUGGCUAAAAACAUUAAUCUUGUACAUAAACACAAUUCCAACUCCAAUGAUGAAAAUUCUAAUAGUGACGAAGAGAUUAGCGAUGAAGUUGUCGAUGAGGAAAUUAACAAGAAACGCUACACAAGCGCUAUUGAAGGUGCUGUAUUUACUGACAGUGAGAAUGAUGAUAUUGAUGAAGAAGCGGAAGAAUUUCGACUUGUUAAUUUCAAUAAAGAUGUGUGUUCAACUAGUGAUGCUUCUGCUCCGUCAUCUAGUGAAAGCAAGAAGGAAAAUGGUGUUAAAAAUGAAAUCGACCUUGACGAAUUGAAAAAAUUGUCGGAACAGAGAAAUAAUAUGCGUUUUGCUAUUGCAGCACAAAGUAUGAAAAAACGAAGAGAAUUCUUUCAACAAUUUGAAAAUAGAAAUCAGACGGAUGCUCCAAUGGAGGGAACAUUUGCAGAAACUACAAGGUUUGGUCGCCGUGCAAAGGAGGAGGAACAAAGGAGAGAACGGGUUCAACAACUUUUGGAGAAAAUGGAUUCAAAUAAAACUAAAAAUAAACUCCCUUUGAAACCAAAAUUAAUUGUUGCUGAUAAAUCAAAUGAGAAGAAAUUCUUGAUUGCUGCAGUUAUCUCUCAACUCGUUUUGGCAAAUCGGGAGCUUGGGUUGUCUGAGAUUGUGAACAUGUUGAAAUUGUUGUUUGCUGAACACUACUCUGAUGUAGAGAUUGAUAUACCUAGCUUUGUUGAAGAAUAUUUGCCUUGCAUGAAAUUUGUUAGAGCGCCUAUUGAGCCCCAUAUUGUGAUUGAACAAGAAUGUGGUAAAACAUUAGUAAAAUCAUUUACUACAAAAAUUGGGAAUUUUAAUAGAAACUUGAAGAAACUUUGACUUUUUGUGACAUGGUUUGAAAUUCUUUUGAUUUCUGUUUAUAUGAUAGGUUUAUAUCAUGGAUGCCACGGGUUAUCCGAACUUCCGGACUUUUUCCUACUCGAACCCAGCUCCAAGGUAAAUUUUUGAAAUCCGACCCGGGUUUUUCGCUACCCUCAACAUCUCUGGUUUGUUAUAUUCUUAAAUUAUUAUUUUUGAUAUUUUUAAUCAAUAAAUUAUAAUAUUGAUCUGAUGCUUUUAGACCCAUGCCCCUUGCUAUAGGUUUAUUAAAGAUGACUUUCAGACGCCAUUAUAGCUUGUAUAUUUUUAUAUGAAAUUUGAUCAUUUUAAUCGACUGCACUUUUUUCAUUGGAGAGGGGCAAAUGUGAAAGGGAGAGAAUUUUAAGGGGACAGGCAUAAAAGUCAACUGAAAUAAGCCUUUAGGUGGUGGUGGUCCAUUCCGUGACAUAUAAAUAAACUUUUUUUCCAAAGGACAGUUUUCUCUCCUAUUGCCUACAUAAAGUAAAAAAAACAAAGAUUGCUUUAUAGCAAUGUAGACGUACGCUUUGUUUUCAUC